GUGAGCAGAGCUGGCGGCUGGCGGCUGCAGCCCAAGGGCCGCCGUGUAAGGCCGGGCCGCGGGGGAGGGCGGCUGUCGCGCUUUCCCCGUCAAGCGGUGGCGGGUUGGGCUGAGGGGGGAAGCCCGUGAGGCGAGACCAGGGGAAGGGGCGAGGGGAGAGCCAGCCUGAGCGCGGCCGUUGCCCAUCGGGGGUGUCGCCGCCGCCCGCUCUGCCGCUGUUGGGGGUGUGUGUGAGGGAGAGUGUCCUGCCGGGGGGUGGCGCGGGACAUGGCGAGCUCGGCUAAUACAAACCCCGUGCCUAAACUAUAUAGGUCUGUGAUUGAAGAUGUUAUCAAUGAUGUCCGAGAAGUCUUUCUGGAUGAGGGUGUUGAUGAGCAAGUCCUUGUGGAACUGAAAACACUGUGGGAGAACAAACUGCUUCAGUCCAAGGCUGUAGAUGGAUUUCAUUCAGAGGAACAGCAGCUUUUAUUGCAAGUGCAGCAACAGCAGCAACAGCAACAGCAGCACCACCACCACCAUCACCCACAGCCACAGCCACAGCAGACAGUACAGCAGCAGUCCCAGACACAGCAAGUCCUUAUUCCUGCAACACAGCAAGCACCUCAGCAGCAAGUUAUUGUGCCAGACUCUAAGAUGAUACAGCACAUGAAUGCAUCGAGUAUGAGUGCUGCUGCUACUGCAGCUACUUUAGCUUUGCCUGCUGGUGUUACUCCUGUCCAACAGAUUAUUACAAGUUCAGGCCAAAUUCUGCAAGUGGUUAGAACUGCCAAUGGAGCACAGUACAUCAUUCAGCCCCAACAGCAAGUGGUUCUACAGCAACAGGUUAUACCACAGAUGCAACCUGGUGGAGUACAGUCUCCUGUUAUUCAGCAAGUUUUGGCUCCCAUUCCUGGAGGGAUCUCGCAGCAAACAGGGGUAAUUAUUCAGCCCCAACAAAUUUUAUUUACUGGAAACAAGACCCAGGUAAUACCUACAACAGUGGCUGCACCUACACCAGCACAAGCACAGAUUCCUGCAGCAGGUCAGCAGCAACCUCCACAGCAACCAGCACAACCACAGGCACCUUUAGUGCUGCAGGUAGAUGGAGCAGGUGACACAUCAUCUGAAGAAGAUGAGGAGGAGGAAGAAGAUUAUGACGACGACGAAGAAGAGGACAAAGAGAAGGAUGGAGGUGAAGAUGGUCAGGUUGAAGAGGAACCUCUAAAUAGUGAAGAUGAUGUGAGUGAUGAAGAAGGACAGGAGUUAUUUGAUACUGAAAAUGUUGUUGUGUGCCAGUAUGAUAAGAUUCAUAGAAGUAAGAACAAGUGGAAGUUUCAUCUCAAAGAUGGCAUCAUGAAUCUUAAUGGAAGAGAUUAUGUAUUUUCCAAAGCCAUUGGAGAUGCAGAAUGGUGAAGGUUUCUCAUACAAACUCAGAGCAAAAUGAAAUAGCAGAAAAGGUUAAGACUCAGACAGAUACUUCAACAGAAAUUAUUUCUGCACACCAGAGAGGAAUAAGUAGAACCAAGACUACUAGAACAAAGAAAUAACAUGGCAAUGUAGACACUACUUCAAAUGGGAAAGCUGAGGCAUUGGUGCAGCUAGCUAUACCUGAAAGCUGGUUUUGUAUGAAUACCUUAAUUAACCACUUCUACCUAUAGAUAAAGGUAACUAGCAUGUGAGGCUUAAUCUCCCCUUUCACUGAUUUGAAGGAACUCUUCUUUUAUGGUAAUAUGGAAAAGGCUUAGUGUGUCUUUGUGUAAACUGUGCAAACCAUUUCCUCUGGGAGUGGGAUUGGUGAGAAUCUUGCUUAAACUAUGUGCAGGCUUCUAACCAAAUGGUAAGAACAGAAAAAUUGAGUUCUAAUUACCUUGUAUGAGUAAACUAUUUUUAAAUCUCUUGUGCUGGGCCAUGCAUAACUUUAUCUACAGUUUUAGGCAUUUUAUAUAAAACUUUGAUCCCAGUACCAAAAGAUGUCAUUUGUAUUUUAAAGGCAAUUUAAUAAUUCUGAAUGUGUUGAUGAUUCAAAAGGGUGUUGUACUUUUAAGGACCUGCAGAUGGCAACUGAGAGACAGAUAACUGUUUCCCUGCUCUUGCAAAAGGUCAUCUAAGAAAAGGCUGAACAAAGUGGGUCUGUAUGCUGACGACUAGUUGAAGGACUUUUUUAAAAAGAAUUCUCCCCAUUAACUUAAUGUAUUCCCAUUGCCAAGAGAAGAUGCUGCUGGAGGCAAGUUCAAAAGUUCCAGGUGACUGUGCACUUUGGAAGAGGGUGAAAUUUGGGGUGGGGGUGGCAUCAUAAUAACUUGGUGAAUACAAUCACACUAGUUCUAAUAAUUCUAUAAGUAAUAAUUGCAAUAAAUAGCAAGAUGUUGGAAGGCUCUGUGACUGUGGCAAUGGGUCUUUGAAAAUCAGAUGACCAAGAAUACAGGUUCACUUCACUAUUGGGGUGGGGCUGAAAUUCAGCCAUAUUGAGGAAGACAUGCACUCCCAGGUGAUUUACUAUUACAGGGUAGACCAAUAGUACACACGGUGGUUUUCUGAAAAGUAGUGAAGAGAGGCCAGGAAGAGUGAGCUUACAAAUGGGGAGAAUGUCAGUAGUUAACCUUUCCAAUCUAAUUUCUAAUAUUUUUGCUCAAGAAAAUUGCCAGUAUGUUUAAUCAGUACUACAUACUAGUUCUAUUCCUCAUCUCCCAAACUCUCUUUUUUGCAUUUCAAUUUGAAUGCAUUGGUUGUUUCUGCUUGCAGGAAAUCUAUUGUAUAUUGCAAUGAGCAAUUAGGUUUUUCUAUGCCCAGGAUGUUACUAAAGCUGGCCAAAUCUGUCUGUUCUGUUGUAUAGUGACAUAUGUAAAACAUCUGAAUUUUUAUAACAUGUAAACAUCAUUGGGUUUUUGCUUUCCGGUCAUCUUCACUGCCUGCUGAAACUGCAAUUCUAUUUGGCUGCAGUUUUGGCUCAGGACUUGAACCUAUAUGAGUGUGUAAGGAAUUUGUUCCCACUGUGUAAAAUAAGGUAGAUUUUUGAAGAAAAUAUACCACUAUGUAAUGUCAAGAUUAUGUGACUAUAUUGAAACUAAUUGUCAUUUCCCCUGGCAUCCUCCUGUAUCUCAUGGCCUGUUCACAGUAUAUUCUAGCCUUUUAAUUUGAGAACACUGGCUUAAAACCAAUCCCAGCACUGUGAAACACAACUUUGCAACAGUUUAUUACUCAUUACUGGAACCCAGAUACUGUACAAAUGUGUUAGCAUUGUGUACAUCAUGGGCACUGAAUAGCUGCUUGUUUCUAGCCUUUUUAUUUAUUUUAAAGGAUACCACAGCUUUAAAAGUGACUUACAGAUAGGUCGAUAUGGAGCAGGCAUAGUGUCUUGCAAAUUACCUAUGGGUGUAUGCUUUGGUUGAUGAGGGUGUUUUAACAAGAGGAUCUAAAGUUCUUCUGAAAGCCAGUCAAACGUACCAAACUUGUGCUCUUACUUGCUUCAUCAAGUGUUCCUUUUUAAAUCAAAAGGCAUGUUUUAAUUUCAUUUUAUUGUAGCAGCUUGCUGUAAGAAUGUAGUUUGCUUACACUUACUAUUGUACUUGAAUUUUAAUCAUGGUUUUUACAUUGUAAAUUGAACAGACCAUUUUGUUAGGUUUCCAUUAAAUCAUCAUUCCUUUUCUGAGUGCAAGGGAUUCCCAUGGCUAGUCCUUAAGCUUUACGUAGGUCAGGUUCUUUUGCAUAGAUCUGGAAUUCAUUUUAAUUAAAAUACUUAUCAGUUCUACUUUUGAAGCAAUUAACGGUUUGCAAGAAGGGCUUAUGUUUAGAUUUGCACAGAUAACAGGAGCACCUUUUAACUUUUAAGAUGUAUGUGUGGAGGGAAAUGGAAUGAGAAGACAACUUGUUAAUGCUAUAAUCAGGCUAAUGGAGAUUUACAGAGUAAUUGCACCAAGGUCAGAGUCUUGUGCCUUUGCAAUCUUCAGAUAUUCCUGCAUUGUAUUGACGUGAUAUUAUAGGCCCAUUGGAUUCCUUUGGCAGUAAACUUCCUAUAGAACUGCAAUUGUAACUAAACAUUUUGAAGAUGUCAUUGGCUUUCUGUAUGUGCAAUCAUUUGACGCAUCUACAUUAAAAGUUGUCUUUUAAGGAGGUUUUUAGAGAUACUGUCACAAAGAACUUUAUAUUGGACUAUUUAAAUUUAAUGUGUAAAAUGUCCCCCCCCCCCAGCUGUUCAGUGGCAAAGCAAGUUUGUCUCCCUUGCUCCUGUUCACAACCUGUUUUUUGUCAUCAGUUGUUUCCCUGGAAAUGGAUCAUGAUUUCAGAAAUACAAAUAUUGUGGCUACCUGUCUUCUCAAGGGGAUGAAACUUGUGAUUGAAGCACAGUUGCUAGAAAAAGCAAAGAACAUGCAACAUGUUAUAUAACCUGAUUUGUAGAAAUGUCUUUAUUUUUAAAUAGUAUUAGCAUCUCUCUGUGUUUAUUUCUUUCCUGUCUACAUCAAACAGCAAUAAUAUCCCCAUCAAAUUACUGCUGGGCAAAACUCUGCAAUUGCAGUGCAGGAGCGGGCGGGGGGGGGGGGAGCCCUUUAACUUGUUCACUCUGAAACUCCUGCUUAAAAAUUCUCUUUUGGCUUUGUUUUGAAAAUUCAGAAAAAAAUAGUGAUUUGAUUCAUUGUGUUGAAGCAUGGCUGCCUUGCGCUAAACCAAAACUGUGUUGAGAUGCAGAGUGUUCUUUGAAUGGAGCUCCCAGCAGUUUUUAUUAAAAAUAAGUACAUCUGGCAUGCUGGGGGAAGGGGGAGUUCUGAUCAGAACCACGAUGGGUAGAAGAGUUAAGCCUGUAGGCCAUUUCAUGCAGGGAAAAUGGAAUGGAGGAGGGCUUAAAUCCAUCUCCUCUCACUCCACAGCCCCAGUUAGAAUUGGACCUGCACAGACUUACUUUUGGAAGGAGGGUGGCUCAGUUCAUGGAACUCCCACCAUCUUCAGUGGUGUAAAAUUAAAAGGCACUAAAUAAAGUUUGGCUUGCGAGUUCUACUCUUUAUUUUCAACAACUAGAAAUUUGAACUUUCUGCCUCUCUCUAUUCUAAAAGUAGGUCACUUAUGUUCAGAAAGCAAGGGUUGGGUACUGCACCAUCUGAAGGGAUUUCUGAAAAUGGAGUUGGAUUUCUGCGUUUUCCAUCCAGCCCCUUCUGCUGAAGCCAAAAUGUUUGUUGAAAUGCUGUUUGUGGGUGACAAGAGACUCCCAGGAGCAGAGAGGUUACACCUGCUGUAACUGACAAAAACUGUCACCAGCAAAAAUGUUCAGUUGGAUCCAACCCCAAGAUUUUAUUGUGCUUUUCUGAACUUCUCUUAAUUUGUGUGCUAACAAAAGCAAAAGAGAUUUUUCUUUAAGUGGAAGAACAGUUGCAGGCUAGCCACAUAUGAGAUCAUCACAUCUUCACUUGCUCCUGUGUGCCUAGGGUACAACUACAAUUUAGAGGGGUGGGAAAUAUCCUUAGUUGCUGUUCUGAGCUACUAUCGUCAACUGCUGUUGUACAUAUACUGUUAUGUGUAAGGGGGUAAAUAUAUUUAUUAUGUUUGUAAAAUUCAGUCUGUACAAUUGAAGAUCAAGGAUGCUUUUCCUGGAAUGUACAGGAUGUGUUUCAAAGGCCAUGCUUGGAAUACAAUUAGAAUACUUAGUAUUUUGAUGUACUAAGACCUAUUUUAAGUUUAAUAUUUUGCCUUUGCAAAAACUUUAAUUAAAGAUGUUAUUUAAAAUAAGCUUGCCACUUUUAUUUACUAUUUUAUGUAUUAAAAUACUUUUUAUGUGUAGUA